CAGACGGUUCAGCGGAACCCUACGACACACAGCUCACCAGUUUGGGUACUGCUGAAGUUGACGACAACAUGGCUCUGACAACCCCCAUGCCCAUGGGCCCCUGGAAGAUCACCGUGUACGAUCAGGAGCACUUCCAGGGCAGGCGUAUGGAGUUCACCGCCUCCUGCCAGAACAUCAUGGAGUGUGGGAUGGAGAACAUCCGCUCCCUGAAGGUCGAGUGCGGCGCCUGGGUGGGCUAUGAGCACUCCAGCUUCUGCGGCCAGCAGUUUGUCCUGGAGAAGGGAGACUACCCUCGUUUUGAGGCCUACAGCGGGAGCAACUCCUACCGCAUCGAGAGAAUGAUCUCCUUCAGGCCCAUCUGCUGUGCUAGCCACAAGGAGUCCCGCAUGACCAUCUUUGAGAUGGAGAACAUGAUGGGCCGUCAGUUUGAGCUGUGUGAUGACUACCCCUCUCUGCAGGCCAUGGGCUGGAUGAACAACGAGGUUGGAUCUAUGCACAUUCAGAGUGGAGCCUUUGUGUGCUACCAGUUCCCUGGCUACCGUGGCCACCAGUACAUCAUGGAGUGCGACUGUCAUGGAGGAGAGUUCAAGUGUUACCGUGAGUUCGGCUCCCACGCCCAGACUCCCCAGAUUCAGUCCAUCAGGAGGAUCCAGCACUGAGAGGGGAGCGCCUCCUUCACACCUCCUUAUCUCCUCCUCCUCUCCCUCCUCCUGUACUUCCAUCCCUCCUUCUCCUCCUCCUCUUCUCCCACAACCUCCAGCUCUCCAGCCCCACGGUCCGGCUAAUCAAAGUAGGAUCCGGGACUGGACUUCAGGUGCUCACUGGUGUCAGUUGGUCACGGCACUUUUGUUUUUUUCAAAGGAAACAUCACAAAAGAAAGGAAAAAUGUGAGAAAGACAGAAAAUAGGAAUGACAGAAUUGAGGAAAAAGUUGAAUCAAUGUGAAAGAGAGAGGCCUCGUCUGCUGAAGUUGGCUGCAGAACGGUGAAACCACCUCAAAGUUUUUGCUCCUUUUCCAUCUCCAUCCACCGCUGAUGGCAUCAUCAUCAUCAUCAUCAUCAUCAUCGUCACUGUUUUUUACAUCAACACAACAUCCAGUCUUGCUGUUCCUGUGAUAUCCAUGACUGCCAAUGUUCAAGACGAUGAAUAAAGAGAAUGAGCAAAAAGACAGAAAGA